AUUCAAUGAUACCUAACACAAAAAGGGAUUUAGUCGCCAUUGAAUAUUUAUAGCAAAAUGUAUAUCCUGGAUUAUAACCAGCACUAAUGAAGGUAAUAGGAAUGAUUAGAUUAGUUAAUUGAUCAUGUUGUUAAAUCAGAUGAGGUUAGAAAGCAUUAAGAGAGACUAAAAAAGAUAAAAAUAUUUGACAAGAUUGAAUAGAAACGAGUUGAAAAGGAGAGACUCAAAGCUGAACUUGGAUCUGAGUAUGAAUCUUCAGAAGGAUCUGUUGAUUUGGAUGAGAUGGGAAUUAAUCAAUCAGAGUUUCAUAAAUAUAUGAGCAAGGACCAAAAGGAGAUUCAGUCCCCUUUGCCCAUGGAUGAAUAGGCCUAACAGGGGGGAGUGGAGGAGUAGACUUCUUAGGAACUCAAGAAGGACACUUUAUUGUCAUUGGGAGAAAUAAGGGAAGAUCAAGAGGAUGAGGAUCAAGCAGACAAACAUGAAUUGGAGAAAAUGAAACAAUUCCUUCGGUAACAAAGAGAAGAAAUGUCAUUCAAUCCUUUGCUUUUUCUAGCUCAAUAGAUUAGAGAUAUUAUUGCUGCAAACAAUUGAGUAAAAC